AAGAGCGCUUGCAACGUCAUGUGACGACGCUUCAUGAGUAACGUCAGAGGAAGUUAUUCCAGUAAAUUCGCGUUAAUUUACAAGUUAAAAUCACAGAAGCCUUAUCCACUCGAGCGUUAAAACAGAGCAGUUUCUAAUCAAAGCGGCAACCUUUUUACCCACCACCAUGAUGAUGAUGAUGAUGGACGAGGACCAGCCCAGGACAUUGUAUGUCGGGAACCUCUCCAGGGACGUUACGGAGGCCCUCAUCCUGCAAGUGUUCUCCCAGAUCGGCCCAUGCAAGAACUGUAAAAUGAUCAUUGAUACGGCUGGAAAUGACCCAUACUGCUUUGUGGAGUUCUAUGAGAACAGACAUGCUGCUGCAGCUUUGGCUGCCAUGAACGGCAGGAAGAUCUUAGGAAAGGAUAUGAAAGUUAACUGGGCCUCAAUGCCGGGCAGUCAGAAGAAAGACACAAGCAAUCAUUUCCACGUCUUUGUCGGUGACCUGAGCCCAGAAAUCUCAACAGAUGAUGUCAGAGCAGCCUUUGCUCCAUUUGGAAAGUUAUCUGACGCCCGUGUGGUGAAGGAUCUGGCCACAGGCAAAUCUAAAGGAUACGGUUUCAUCUCCUUUAUUAAUAAAUGGGAUGCAGAAGGUGCUAUUCAGCAAAUGAAUGGUCAGUGGCUGGGAGGCAGACAGAUCAGAACAAACUGGGCCACAAGGAAGCCAUCAGCUCCUAAAUCAAAUAAUGAAGCAACCAGCAGCAAACACUUGUCCUAUGAGGAGGUCCUGAACCAGUCGAGUCCUAGUAACUGCACCGUCUAUUGUGGUGGCAUUGCUUCUGGCCUGUCAGAUCAGCUGAUGAGACAGACUUUCUCUCCGUUCGGGCAGAUAAUGGAGAUCAGGGUUUUCCCGGAGAAAGGCUACUCAUUUGUGAGGUUCGACUCUCAUGAGGGUGCUGCCCAUGCCAUAGUGUCAGUAAAUGGGACCUGCAUCGAGGGCCACAUUGUGAAGUGCUACUGGGGCAAAGAAACAGCUGAUAUAAGAUCCAUGCAACAGAUGCAAAUGCCCCAGAAUAAACCCACCUAUGCGGCCCAACCUUACGGACAGUGGGGUCAGUCAUACGGCAACGGUCAGCAGAUGGGUCAGUAUAUGCCCAACGGCUGGCAGAUGCCCACUUACGGCGUCUAUGGUCAGGCCUGGAAUCAGCAGGGAUAUAAAUAAGUACAGAUGUGGCUGACUAAUCCCUCAGUCCAAUCAUUAAACCCCACUUCAGUGUGGAAUCUGCCCAAUGGGACUCACCAUUACACCAGUUCAGGGGUUGUUGAAAGGGCUGCAUUCAGCCCACUGUACAUUAUACUCAGUCCAUUAACUUGGAAGGAAUCCUGUCUUUUGUCUUUUUUGUUUUGUUUUUAGGCCCCAGGAUUUUUUUGUUGUCAAAUUUUCUUUUAAAAAGUACUGCAUUUCGGGGGCUUUAAUUGUCUAGUUUUGCAACAGAUGGAAUGUCUUUUCAAUGUGUUGAAUUUGCAGGCUCAAUUUAGCUCACACCUCGAACGGUGUAGAAAGUUUGAGGUCUAAUAUACUGCACUCUUUGUACAGAGUUCUUGUCUCUAAAACUGAUUUGUUCACAAAUAUUUUUCACUUUUGUUUUGUCAGUACAUUUUAUUUAAAGUAUAAGAAAGUUUUCAAAAAUUGAGAUGCGUUAAUCGAAUAUAAAAUAUUUUAUCUCGUGACACCUAGUGAUAAAGGUAUUCUGCAUUUAUAGAGGCGAUUAUUCUGUGGCCUUGAGGUUUCAGGAACUUGAUGAAGUUUUGGACAAUUACUAAAGCUUUUAACAAGUUGUAUUAACACAAAGGUGCAGAAAACAUGCUUCCUUUUUUGUUCAAUUUAAACGUUAGACUAUUCAUUUUGUAACAUGGAAUUGUUGGCUCAAUUUUUAAAACUUUUUUUUUUCUUUCAUCUUUUUACAAAA